GAAGCCGGGAUGUUGGUCACGUGACUCUCCUGCUCUGGAGAAGCAUGGCGGCUAUGCAUGUGGAGCUGUUAAACAAACUCCGACUCCGGCAUUACUACAGCUAUCCCGUGUCCAAAUAACACAGUCACCGGUAACGCUGCCGCUGCCCGGGCCGCUGCCGCCCGAAAUAUUCGCAGUAUGGAUGAGGAGCUCAAACUUCAGUUCCCGACCCUGCCUACCUCCAAGGAAGACACACUGGACUGGGCAUACCCUAUGAGAAGAGAAAUGCAGGAAAUAUUGCCUGGACUGUUUUUAGGCCCUUAUUCAGCAGCCAUGAAAAGCAAGCUUCCUGUCCUUGAGAAGCAGGGAAUAACUCAUGUAGUUUGUGUCAGACAAGACAUCGAAGCUAAUUUCAUCAAACCCAACUUUCCUGAAAAAUUUAGAUAUCUGGUCUUAGAUAUUGCAGAUAACCCAGUGGAGAAUAUAAUUAGGUAUUUCCCAAUGACUAAAGAGUUCAUUGAUGGCUGUUUACAGUCUGGAGGAAAGGUGCUUGUUCAUGGGAAUGCAGGGAUUUCUAGAAGUGCUGCCUUAGUAAUUGCUUACCUGAUGGAAACAUUUGGUAUAAACUACAGGGAUGCUUUCAGCCAUGUUCAAGAGAGAAGAUUUUGCAUCAACCCCAACGUGGGAUUUGUUCAUCAGUUACAGGAAUAUGAGGCAAUAUAUCUAGCCAAACUCACCAUUAAAAUGAUGUCCCCAAUCCAGCUUGGCCGAUCUUUUUCAGUGCAGGCUGGGAUGCCAGGCAGUUUGAAACGAACCUUGGAGGACGAGGAAGACUUCGGGGGCACACAGGUGACAGCCGCACAGAACAGAUAGAGGCAGAGUGAGCGAGAAGGCUGCGCAAAAAGGACUUUUUACAUUUUUAUUGAGAUUUAAAAAAAAAUAAAUAUUUAAACUUUUCUAAUUAGUGGGUGGGGGGGGGCAAGUGCUUUUUUUUUUGGCUUUUUUUACCGAGAAGUCAUGGCAUCACCUCCAGAUGUCUGAGACGUCUGAAUUCGUGAAUUUUUGCUUUAACCUCAGAGGGAGCAGAGGAAGAUGUUUGUUUGGUUUUUUUGAGUUGAACAUGGUGAUGCAUUUCCCCCCUCCUAUUUUGCAAUUUUAUAGUAUUUAAAGCAUUUUGCAUUUGCAGCGGGACAGUAUUGCAAUAAUGCACUUUUGAUACUUGAAUUUUGUCCUUGUGUUUGCUGGGAUUAUGGGUUGAUAGAAGGGAAUGGUAACUUGUUGACCAAGGGCAUUAGAGCUAAUUACAGAUGGCCAGCCAGCAUUGGCUGUGGUAGAAAGGAUUUGUGGGCACUUGGUGAUGUGAAAUACUUUACCUACUAUUUAGGACAGUGGAGGCCAAGAAAUCCAUUGUAACAAGGUUUGGCAGCGCAUGCAGAUCAGUAAUAAAAUUAUUGAGGUUCAUCUGGUUGUCUCAUUCUUGUCCCUCAGGCUGUUUGAGAAUCUUACUUUUUAAUUGGAGGCAGCUUUCUUCACAGCCAUCUCUUCUAAUUAUCCAUGAAGGCAUUUAUUCAAGUCAUUUACUGUAUUACGAUGUUAAUUCUCCCAGUUGAUUGUAAAUAAACAUUUGGCUACCAUAUAUCCUAUUGUGAUUAAAAAUUAAAAAAAAUAACCAGA